AUGACACUUACGCCCUAGAUACAGCUCGACGACAUGCGUAGCAACCGCCAGGUUAAUCAAUUACAUUUUAGACUAAAAUCACAUUUUCUUUGACACAUUUAUACAUUUUCAUACAUGUAUUCCCAUCUAUUUCAGAGUGUCAAAUCAUAAGUCAUGAAACAAACGAAAUGUUCUUGAACAUUGUUACUACUUUCAGUAGUAUCCCAUGAUGCAUCGCCUUAUUUUGUUGUAGCUGAGGGUGAUAAGAAGACUGACACAGCCCAUCCAUCCUGUUUCUGCCGACAGAAGAGGAGCCUUUGGCAUCAUCAACGAUAACAAUGCCUAACAUGGCAGAACGGAUUUAGCCACUGUAGCAAUUACGACAAGAAUUUAUAUAUUAGAGAAUAUUCGACGAUAUUAUCAUAUUUUCUUUUAGGGUAGGUAUCACGGUCUCUAGGACUGGUGUGUGUCUGCUGCAUUGUCUGCCAUGGCAUCCCACAAUGGUACCCUGGAGAAUCAGCUGCACAGCGCCCAGAAGAACCUGCUCUUCCUCCAGCAGGACCAUGCCAAAACACUGAAAGGGCUACAUGCAGAGAUCCGCAGACUACAACAGCACUGCACAGACUUGACCUAUGAGCUGACAGUGAGAAGUUCAGAUCCAACAGACAGCAGUGAGGCGCGCUGCAGGGAACUGCACAGUAAGUGCGAGGAGCUGGAGGCUCAGGUGAAGGAGGAGGAGAACACGGAGCUGCUUAGAGACCUGGAGCAGAAGAACGCCAUGAUCUCUGUCCUGGAGAACACCAUCAAGGAGAGGGAGAAGAAGUACCUGGAGGAGCUGAAGAUAAAGAGCCACAAGCUGGCUGUCCUGUCUGGGGAGCUAGAGCAGAGAGCCAGCACCAUCGCCUACCUCACCUCUCAGCUCCACACCACCAAGAAAAAGCUCCUGGCAGGCAGUUCCUCCGAGGCCAGUCCCAACGUCAGCCCUGUGAGCUCCUACAAGCCCACCCCUCCCCCAGCUAAAGACCGACAGCCUGGCCCUGAGACCCCUCGCCGCCGCAUGAAGAAGAGCCUGUCUCAGCCGCUGCACUCAGAGUUAACCGAGGUGUACCGGCUGGGUUCUGAUGGGAGGAGGAUGGUCCUACGGGAGGCGGUGGAUGCAAUGCCCGACCCCACCCCCUUCCUGCAGGCAUCUCGAGACAUGCCUGAUCUGCAGAUGGUACGAGACCGGCCUGCCGUCAUACCCCCCAUCACCUGUGAUCGCUCGUCCAGCCACAGCCCGGCACGGGACCGGCAGCACCAUGCACACAUGGGCGUUGCACACCGCAUCCACCAUUGCACCCCUCCCGUGGUGCCUCCUCAGCCAGAGCUGGAGAUCCUGGCUGUGGACCAGGUCAAUGGGGGCAAGGUGGUGAGGAAGCGCUCUGGGGCAGACAGAACAGUUUAACACACUCACACACAAGAGCGAGAAGGAGCAUCACCUACUGUAUAAAUCACCUGCUUUUUAUGCAACACUGCAAUGAGCAAAGAAUGUAAAAUGGAAAACAGACAAAAAUACCACCAUGCCAAAUGUUUGGUUUUGAAACACAUGUGACUUACACAUCCUGUCCUUUUUUUGCUUUGUCUCUCAUUUCACUCUGUCAUACAUUGUGCACAUAAACUUAUCCGCCAAACAUCUGCAUUAUUGCCUGCUUACCUGGUGAAACCAUACACAUAUUGUUAUCGUUACUACCAGGGGUGAAAGUAUAUUUAAUUUCUUACCAGUGCGGGACUACAGAAAUUACAGUAGUCUACUUUGCUGACACAGACAAACGGAUCAAUAAAAACAAUGUUGUCUGAUCCAUAUAAUUGGCCUACGAAAAGGGGAGACACAAAUACAAUAUGACGACCAUCUAACCUAGAGGAGGAAGUUAUUGUCCAAAGACAAACAAAAGUGGCACUGACCCAAUGACAAAGACACUGAAUAUGCGCACUCCAGGGAUAUGGCCGAUGUUUUCUGCUACUGCCAAUAUGAUAUGCUACUGUUCGCAGAAUUCAGUUAAGAAUUUUGAUAACUAAAAGACAGAUUGAAAAUAUUGUCAUUCAUCUCUUUAAAGUAAUAGCCAACCGUUUUUCUGCGAUUGUACUUUUAUUGUAAUAUGCCUGGCUGGGUCUCUGCUUUUCACUGACAGUCACAACUCAACAAUCAUCAACAUUAUAUAUACAGUUGAAGUCAAACGUUUACAUACACUCUAGCCAAAUACAUUUAAACUCAGUUUUUCACAAUUCCUGACAUUUAAUCCUAGUAAAAAAAUCCCUGUUUUAGGUCAGUUAGGAUGAUCACUAUAUUUUAAGAAUGUGACAUGUCAGAAUAAUAGUUGAAUUAUUUAUUUCAGCUUUUAUUUCUUUCAUCACAUUCCCAGUGGGUCAGAAGUUUACAUAUACUCAAUUAGUAUUCGGUAGCAUUGCCUUUAAAUUGUUUAACUUGGGUCAAAUGUUUCGGGUAGCCUUCCACAAGCUUCCCACAAUAAGUUGGGUGAAUUUUGGCCCAUUCCUCCUGACAGAGCUGGUGUAACUGAGUCUUGGUUUGUAGACCUCCUUGCUCGCACACACUUUUUCAGUUCUGCCCACAAAUGUUCAAUAGGUUGAGUUCAGGGCUUUGUGAUGGCCACUCCAAUAUCUUGACAUUGUUAUCCUUAAGCCAUUUUGCCACAACUUUGGAAGUAUGCUUGGGGUCAUUGUCCAUUUGGAAGACCAAUUUAACUUCCCGACUGUCUUGAGAUGUUUCUUCAAUAUAUCCACAUCAUUUUCCUACCUCAUGAUGCCAUCUAUUUUGCGAAGUGCACCAGUCCCUCCUGCAGCAAAGUACCAACACAACAUGAUGCUGCCAACCCCGUGCUUCACGGUUGGGAUGGUGUUCUUCGGCUUGCAAGCCUCCCGCUUUUUCCUCCAAACAUAACGAUGGUCAUUAUGGCCAAACAGUUCUAUUUAUGUUUCAUCAGACCAGAGGACAUUACUCCAAAAAGUACGAUAUUUGUCCCCAUGUGCACAGUUCCUAACUGUAGUCUGACUUUUUUAUGGCGGUUUUGGAGCAGUGGCUUCUUCCUUGCUGAGCGGCCUUUCAGGUUAUUUCAAUAUAGGGCUUGUUUUACUGUGGAUAUAGAUAUUUUUGUACCUGUUUCCUCCAGCAUCUUCACAGGGUCCUUUGCUGUUCUGGGAUUGAUUUGCACUUUUCGCCCCAAAGUACGUUCAUCUCUAGGAGACCGAACGAGUCUCUUUCCUGAGCAGUAUGAUGGCUGCGUGGUCCCAUGGUGUUUAUACUUGCGUACUAUUGUUUGUACAGAUGAACGUGGUACCUUCAGGCAUUUGGAAAUUGCUCCCAAUGAUAAACCAGACUUGUGGAGGUCUACAAUUGUUUUCUGAGGUCUUGGCUGAUUUCUUUUGAUUUUCCCAUGAUAAGCAAAGAGGCAAUGAGUUUGAAGGUAGGCCUUGAAAUACAUCCACAGGUACACCUCCAAUUGACUCAAAUGAUGUCAAUUAGCCUAUCAGAAGCUUCUAAAGCCAUGACAGAAUUUUCUGGAAUUUUCCAAGCUGUUUAAAGGCACAGUCAACUUCUGACCCACUGGAAUUGUGAUACAGUGAAUUAUAAGUGAAAUAAUCUGUCUGUAAACAAUUUUUUGAAAAAUGACUUGUGUCAUGCACAAAGUAGAUGUCCUAACCGACUUGCCAAAACUAUAGUUUGUUAACAAGAAAUUUGUGGAGUGGUUGAAAGACAAGUUUUAAUCACUCCAACCUAAGUGUAUGUAAACUUCCGACUUCAACUGUGUGUGUGUGUGUGUGUGUGUGUGUGUGUGUGUGUGUGUGUGUGUGUGUGUGUGUAUAAAUACAAAAGUAUGUGGACACCGCUUCAAAUUAGUGGAUUCUGUUCUUUCAGCCACACCCGUUGCUGACAGGUGUAUAAAAUCGAGCACAAAGCCAAAGGAUCUCCAUAGAGAAACAUUGGCAGUGGAAUGGCCUUACUGAAGAGCUCAGUGACUUUCAAUGUGGCACUGUCAUAGGAUGCCACCUUUCCAACAAGUCAGUUCGUCAAAUUUCUAGAGCUGCCCCGGUCAACUGUGCUGUUAUUGUGAAGUGGAAAUGUCUAGGAGCAACAACGGCUCAGCUCAGCCACACAAGCUCACAGAACGGGACUGCAGAUUGCUGCAGCGCAUAAAAAUCAUCUUCCCUCGGUUGCAGCACUCACUACAGAGUUCCAAACUGCCUCUGGAAGCAACGUUAGAACUGUUCGUCGGGAGCUUCCUUGAAAUGGGUUUCCAUGGCCAAGCAGCCACACACGAGCCUAAGAUCACCAUGCGCAAUGCCAAGCAUAGGCUGGAGUGGUGUAAAGCUCGCCGCCAUUGGACUCUGGAGCAGUGGAAACGUGUUCUCAAGAGUGAUGAAUCACGCUUCACCAUCUGGCAGUCAGACAGACAAAUCUGGUUUUGGCGGAUGCCAGGAGAAUGCUACCUGUCCCAAUGCAUAGUGCCAACUGUAAAGUUUGGUGGAGAAGGAAUAAUGGUCUGGGGCUGUUUUUCAUGGUUCGGGCUAGGCCCCUCAGUUCUAGUGAAGGGGAACAUUAACACUACAGCAUACAAUGACAUUGUAGACGAUUCUGUGCUUCCAACUUUGUGGCAACAGGUUGGGGAAGGCCCUUUCCAGUUUCAGCAUGACAAUGGCCCCGUGUACUAAGCGAGAUCCAUACAGAAAGGGUUUGUUGAGAUCGGUGUGGCAGAACUUGACUGGCCUGCAUAAAGCCCUGACCUCAUCCCCAUCGAACACCUUUGGGAUGAAGCCCAACAUCAGUGCCCGACCUCACUAAUGCUCUUGUGGGUGAAUGUUCCAACAUCAAGUGGAAAGCUUUCCCAGAAGAGUGGAGGCUGUUGUAGCAGCAAAGAGGGGACCAACUCCAUAUUAAGGCCUAUGAUUUUGGAAUGAGAUGUUUGAUGUGUAAGUGUCCACAUAUGUUGUGUAUUUGAUAUUUGCUGCGUGCGCUGCCCAAAUUGCGGGCACUUCCGACUGUAGCCUAGGCAAUUUAAAACAUUUAUUUUUUAUUUUUAAGAAGCCAAUGAUCCUCUAUGGCCAAGUCAUGCUUUCUGUUGUAGUUAUAUAAUUUUGGCAAUUCAAUGUACUUUAGGGAAAGCUUCCCCUAGCAUUAUGGACACGCCGCCUAUGUUUUUAAUGUGGCAUAAACAACACCAGUCAUUAUGUUUUCAUCUGAUUGUUAAUCAGCCACUCAACAAAGGCGCUCCUGUAGGCUACUCGCGCACAUUCGUCCACUCACAAAAUAAUUUCAACAUCCAAACCCCAACAGUGCACUGUGCACCCGCAAUUUGAUGAAUGGAAAGAGACAUCUGUUACAAAACCCCUAUGUGUGUUGUAAUGACAUUCUACGAUUGUCAUUAGGCCUAGAUUUGUAGUAUGAAUUGAUUCAUCAACUGCGAGCCUUGGGUCUCUGCCACUCAUCUCCGCCUUGUCCACGAGCAUCUCCGCCACUCAGCUCCCCGCCUUGACAAAAUGUAAGUGUUCUCCUCAAACCACAAUGCAAUUCGGAUCGAAUACCAGCCGGUUUCCAGUCAAUUCGCAAAUGUGUCAUGCGGCUGACCUGCAGUAAUGUUAAAUAAUGCUGUAAUGGCCUAUCGUUAUUUGGGCAUGUUGUAUUAAUUGUGAUAGGCUCACGUUUUACCGGUAUAACCAACAAUUUAUUUAGCCAGGACGCUGUAUGGGACAGAUAUCGCCUUACUUUCACCCCUGGUUACUACUACAGUUAAGUUAUCCAUCCAUACUUCAUCUGGUCAGCAAUAUUGUCCAGUCAUGUCAACAAGCUACUGUAUAUAAAGUAUACAGCUACGUACAUGCUAUAGAAGUUAACUUAUUAAACUAAUACUCCCUGAAUGUUAUUCAUCUUAUUGUGAUGUCAUGUCAAUAUAUGGACAAAACAACAGGAAAGAAUCACACAAAUGAAUAGGUAAUUGGCAAGUUCUUUAUGCUGUUUAAGAAUGGGUCAAAUAGGGCGGUGUACAGUAUGUGUUCUUUAGGUUUAAGUGGAAGCAAGAGUGAGGUGUGUAUGUGUCAUGUAUGUGACACAAAAAUACCAAUGUCAUAGCUUUCACUAAGACAUUGUAGACACGCAACUUUGUAUGACAUAUGCCCUUUAUGAUAUCUGUAAAUAUGUAAUGGAUUUAUUUAUUGGUUGGUUGUUUUACUUUUACUAAUAUAGAAAAAUACAUCCCAAGUAUCAAAAUAA